UUCACUAGUGGAAGACUGCUGGAAAUUGAGGCGGGACAUUAAGCGCGGGAAACGCAAUCGAGGAAACCAACUUUCUGCGGAAGAAAAGGGAUUCUGUUAAAGAGCAGAGUAGCAGUUUUGGAACUGUAAUAGUAGUAUCUGAUAAUCCGAUCUAUCUUUAUGGUACCUUUCAGUCAACUGUAAACAGCUUUUGGUGUAACGAAACGAUUUUGAUAUUAUAGUACAUUUCGUGUGGAGGAGAAAUGAAGGUCAUCACUUGUGAAAUUGCAUGGCACAACAAAGAACCGGUGUACAGUGUAGAUUUUCAGCAUGGAACUGAUGGACGAAUUAACCGACUAGCUUCAGCAGGAGUGGACACAGCUGUUCGUAUUUGGAAAACAGAAAAGGGGCCAGACGGAAAAGCUAUUGUGGAAUUCCUGUCCAGUCUGACUCGCCAUACCAAAGCUGUGAAUGUAGUGCGAUUCUCUCCUAGUGGGGAAAUUCUAGCAUCUGGAGGAGAUGAUGCUGUUAUUCUGCUGUGGAAACUGAAUGACAAUAAAGAGCCAGAGCAGUGUAUAUUACAAGAUGAUGAUGACACUUUGCUAAAUAAGGAAAACUGGACUGUUGUUAAAAGUUUGCGAGGACACAUUGAGGAUGUUUAUGACAUUUGCUGGACAGCUGAUGGGAACAACUUGGUAUCUGGCUCUGUGGAUAAUACUGCAAUUAUGUGGGAUGUCAAUAAAGGGCAAAAGCUUUCUAUUUUUAAUGAACACAAGAGCUAUGUACAAGGAGUGACUUGGGAUCCUCUUGGACAGUAUAUAACAACACUUAGUAGUGACAGGGUGAUGCGUGUCUACAGCACUCAAACCAGAAGAGUUGCAUUCAAUGUUAGCAAGAUGUCUUCUGGUCAAGGAAAUGCAGAAGGAGAAUUUGGUGAUGAGAAAUUCAGCGUUAUUUACCUGAGGAGGCUGUUGGGUGUCAAUAGUGACUGUGAGGUUGGACUUAAAUAA